AUCGACAUACACGUUUACUGUAAACAGUUGUCAAAACACGAAUUUACGUAAACAAAUAAAUAUACAUAUAUAUUAAUGUUAUACGCAUUCAGAUAUAUCAGCAAGUCAACCUACAGCGACGUUAAUAGCAGAUUGUUACUGAUUAUGCAGCACAGACAGAAAAAGAACAGGAAGAAGAGCCAAGUCCUGGGUGGGGGUUGGUCAGAUGCUGCUGUGCUGUACAUCGCCUAAUCGAAUGGGUUGACAACAAAAUUAAGGUGAACUCUUAAAAAUAAUGUGUGUGUAUAAGUUGCAAAAUAGCUGGGGAAACAGUUCAUCUAAGCGAUGGAAGUAAAUCGUUUGGAUUUUUACAUUGGCCUCUCUCUUGCUAUGAGCUCGAGCAUCUUCAUCGGAGGAAGUUUUAUCCUGAAAAAGAAGGGGCUACUGCGAUUGGCUGGCAAGGGUUCUAUGAGAGCAGGCCAAGGAGGCUAUGCAUAUCUGAAGGAAUGGCUUUGGUGGGCAGGAUUAAUUUCAAUGGGUGCUGGCGAGGCUGCAAACUUUGCUGCUUACGCGUUUGCCCCUGCAACUCUGGUCACACCACUGGGAGCAUUGAGUGUACUUGUGAGUGCGGUGCUGGCCUCCUACUUCCUGAAUGAGCGGUUGAAUGUGCAUGGGAAGGUGGGCUGCUUAAUGUGCAUCCUGGGCUCCACGGUGAUGGUCAUCCAUGCCCCUCUGGAGGAGGAGGUGGCCUCCCUCAGCGUCAUGGCUGAGAAGCUCAAAGACCCAGGGUUCAUCGUAUUUGCUCUGUGUGUUGUGGUGGGCAGCGGGGUCCUCGUCUUUUUUGUUGCCCCGCGUUACGGACAGAAGAACGUGCUGGUCUACAUCCUGAUCUGCUCCGUGAUUGGGUCUCUGUCUGUGUCCUGUGUCAAGGGGCUGGGCAUCGGGAUCAAGGAGCUCUUUGCUGGGACUGCUGUCCUGAAAGAGCCCUUGUUCUGGGCUCUGCUAAUAUGCCUGGUGAUAUGUGUUAGCAUCCAAAUCAGUUACCUCAACAAAGCCUUGGACAUAUUCAACACCUCUAUAGUCACGCCAAUCUACUAUGUGUUCUUCACCACCUCAGUAAUGGCCUGCUCUGCUAUCUUGUUCAAGGAGUGGUUGAGUAUGAGCACAGAUGGGGUGGUGGGGACCAUCAGUGGGUUCCUCACCAUCAUCUUGGGGAUUUUUCUCCUCCAUGCCUUCAAGGACAUUACCUUCACCUGGGAUUCUCUACCAGUUUACCUGAGAAAGCGUCCUGAGGGGUCACCCUGGAACCACCAGCCCUACAUGGCCCUCCCCAGGCAAGAGAGAAAGGCAGAGGAGGAGGAGGGGAAGUCAGCCAGAAAUGGGAGCUCCAAGGCUGGGUACUCACCAGAGAACUCCACCAGGAGGAACAAUAGCUUUGUUGCCACUUAAAGCCAACCUCUAACUAAAGUUCUGACCAUAGCCUAGUUUUAGACCUAGAUUUAUGGUAAACCAAAUAGACAGGUAGGUCACAUGAUGGUUACUCAAUCUGUAUCAAAAGGAAAUGUUUUUCUUUAAUUUACCAUGCACUCUUUCUAUAAGAACACUGUACUGUUGGAAAUGUUUGUCAAUUUCAGUUUACUUGUAUGUGCCAAAGUCUGUUCACUGGUUUUAGUAGUUAGUCUUGGACUUGUAUAUAUUUAUUUAUUUGUGAUAAACAAUCUGAAGACAGACAUUGUAGCCUAAUCAAAUUGAAUGUUUGCUCACGGUAAUUCAUACUUACUUUCUUUUACCUUUUUACUGUUAAGUGUAUAAAGCAAAAGGGUUCUGAUGUUUCUCUUCCCAUAACAUCUGCACUGAUUCUAGGUACCCAAUGAUGUCAUGGUGUGGUAAAUGUAAUCCUCCACCUUCCCCGCCUCCACACCCCAAAUGAACCUUGUGCCUUACUGUUAUUUAAAUACUUACCAUUACAUGUUUUGAUAAUUAUACAAAUGUGCCUUUGUUCCAUACAUGAAAGAUGUAUGAUCUUGAUAAUUACUAUCUGUUGUAAUUUACUUACCAUAGAAAUUAAUCAGUUUCCUAGAAGCAUGUACACUUAAAAUGUAACAUUUUUAGAAUACACAUUGAAAAACACAUUUGUAACAACCUGUUGAUUUGUAUGUUUCUUUUUAGAAUAAACAUUUGAAACUGUG